AUGGCCGAAGCUCUUAGUGAUGAUGUCGAAUCUAAUAUCACCAAUGCUUCAGUUUCUGUUCAAGUCAAUUAUCCAGGUCCAAAAUCUGAUGUUCAAUAUCCAUUAAAUGUACAAUAUUGUGGCGAAUGUUCUCUGCCACUUGAAUAUUGCGAAUAUGGAUCAGAUCCUGAACGAUGUCGUGAAUGGCUUGAACGAACAUUACCUGAUUUAUUAAAUCAAAUGCAAUCUACAAAUUCAAGUGAUGAUAAAGGUGGUGAAAAAAAACGACAAACACGUGGUGGUAAAGGUAUGCCAAAAGGAAAGAAAAAAAGUGAAGCUCAAAAAAUUAUACUUAAUAAACAACAAAGAAAAGGAAAUAAAUAUGUUACUAUUGUUCAAGGUCUUGCAUCAAAUGAAGUUGAUAUAGAAUUAGCACGAAAAUUUUUUGCUCAGAAAUUUUCAUGUGGUUGUUCGAAAUCAGGUGAUGAUGAAUUAACUAUACAAGGUGACGUUGUCAAUGAACUUAUUGAUUUAUUACCUGAAAAAUGGAAUCAGAUUAAUCCUGAACUAAUCGAAGAUAAAUCUUGA